AUGACUCAGGUGAUGACUCAGCUCAAUUACAACGAUAUUACAACUCUUGGGGCGUUUCAGGUAUCUAAAACAAUGACGUUGGAUAGUUCUGGUGUAGGCGUGAUGCCUUUGAUAACGUCGAGUACCAAUGGUUUGCGCUUUUACGGAAAUACAGCUCAUCGUGAAACAUGA